CGCACGGCAGGCCUGCCUCUGCAAGGCAGGUCCUGCACCGCAGCCACCGCCGCCGCCGCCACCGCUGCUGCUGCUCCUGCUUCUUCGCUUCCAGCAGCGGGUGGAGCGAUGGAGUCCAGACUCUUCUGCUGGACCACUUGCUUUCUUCUGGUCGUGUGGUGCCUGCCAGUGCUACCCUGCCCUAGCCGGUGCCUUUGCUUGAAGAGCACCGUCCGCUGCAUGCACUUGAUGCUGGAUCACAUUCCUCAGGUGCCGCAGCAGACCACAGUCCUAGACUUGAGGUUUAACAGAAUACGAGAAAUUCCUGGGAGUGCCUUCAAGAAACUCAAGAAUUUGAACACUCUUCUCCUGAACAACAACCAAAUCAGACACAUUUCCAGAAAUGCUUUCGAAGGACUUGAAAAUUUGCUUUAUCUGUAUCUGUACAAGAAUGAAAUUCAUGCCCUAGAUAAGCAAACAUUUAAAGGACUCAUAUCCUUGGAACAGCUGUAUAUUCAUUUCAACCAAAUAGAAACGCUACAGCCAGAGACAUUUGGAGACCUUCUGAAAUUAGAGCGACUGUUUUUGCAUAACAACAAAUUAUCUAAAAUCCCAGCUGGGAGCUUUUCUCAUCUGGAUUCAUUAAAGAGACUGCGUCUGGAUUCCAAUGCUCUAGUUUGUGACUGUGAUUUAAUGUGGCUGGGGGAACUUAUGCAAGGCUAUGCCCGAAAUGGCCAAACUCAGGCUGCUGCUACAUGUGAAUAUCCCAGAAGGCUCCAGGGACGCUCCAUCGCUUCGUUAACAGUAGAGGAAUUCAACUGUGAGAGUCCUCGAAUUACUUUUGAGCCCCAAGAUGUGGAAGUAACAUCAGGGAAUACUGUCUACUUUACUUGCCGGGCUGAAGGAAACCCCAAACCAAAGAUUAUUUGGAUACAUAACAACCACUCAUUGGAUUUGGAAGAUGAUACUCGACUUAACUUGUUUGAUGAUGGGACACUCAUGAUACGAAACACUCGUGAGUCAGACCAAGGUGAAUAUCAGUGUAUGGCCAGAAACUCAGCUGGGGAGGUCAAGACACAGAAUGCCAUGCUCAGAUAUUCCAGUCCUCCAGCCAAGCCUAGUUUUAUAAUCCAGCCCCAGGACACAGAGGUUUUAAUUGGUACCAGCACAACUUUGGAAUGUAUGGCCACAGGCCACCCACACCCCCAGGUUACUUGGACUAGGGGCAGCGGAGAGGCUCUGGAUGGAUCCAGGCAUCUGGCUACUUCUGGAGGACUAUACUUGGAGAAUGUCACCCUGCAGGAUCAUGGUCAAUUUACCUGUCAUGCUGACAAUAAUCAAGGCUCUGUUCAAGCUACAGCAAACAUAAUUGUACAAGCUCCUCCGCAAUUCACAAUAAUCCCCAAGGAUCAAGUGGUGCUAGAAGGACAUACUGUAGAAUUUCUCUGUGAAGCUGAAGGCAACCCACCUCCAAUAAUUGCCUGGACCAAAGCAGGAGGGCAGCUCCCUCAGGAAGGUCUGCAUACAGUUUUCUCCUCUGGAACUUUGAGAAUUGACCAUGCAGCACCUCAUGACCAAGGCCAAUAUGAAUGUCAGGCAGUAAGUCCAUUGGGAGUGAAAAAAGCAUCUGUCCAGCUGACUGUAAAACCCAAAGCUCUCCCAGUGUUUACUCAACUACCUCAGGAUACAAGUGUAGAGGUUGGCAAGAAUAUAAACAUUUCAUGUCAUGCUCAAGGAGAACCACAGCCCAUAGUUACCUGGAACAAGGCAGGUGUCCAGAUUACUGAAAGUGGUAAAUUCCAUGUCAGUGGUGAAGGCACGCUAACCAUCUAUGAUGCAGGGCAAGCUGACCAAGGAAGAUAUGAAUGUGUGGCUCGGAAUUCAUUUGGCCUUGUUGUGGCCAAUAUGUUUCUCACAGUUGUAGCAAUACAGGGUAGACAAGCUGGCGAUGACUUUGUUGAAUCAUCCAUUCUUGAUGCUGUACAGAGGGUUGACAGUGCAAUUAACUCCACACGAAGACAUUUGUUUUCACAGAAACCUCGCACCCCUAGUGAUCUGCUGGCUCAGUUUCGUUAUCCGUAUGACCCAUUUACUGUGGAGACAGCAAGAGCUGGAGAGGUUUUUGAGCACACACUUUUGCUCAUCCAGGAACACGUGAAGCAGGGGCUCACUGUGGAUUUGGAGGGCAGAGAGUUCCUAUACAAUGACUUGGUGUCCCCACACUACCUCAGCCUCAUAGCCAAUUUAUCUGGAUGUACAGCCCACAGGCAGGUGCCCAACUGCUCUGACAUGUGUUUCCAUCAGAAGUAUCGAGCCCAGGACGGAACGUGCAACAACCUGCAGCACCCCAUGUGGGGUGCAUCCCUGACCGCCUUUGAGCGCAUCCUGAAGCCUGCCUACGAGAACGGCUUCAACCUGCCACGUGGGGUCGGCCGUGAGGCCCUGUCAGGCCGGUAUCCCCUCCCACCACCCAGGCUGGUCUCCACAGAGCUGGCAGCCACGGCCACAGUCACUCGUGACCAUAGAUACACACACAUGCUCAUGCAGUGGGGCCAAUUUUUAGACCACGAUCUAGACCACACAGUGCCUGCGUUGAGCAUGUCUCGCUUCUCUGAUGGGCAGCCGUGUAGCUCGGUAUGUACGAAUGAUCCUCCUUGCUUCCCCAUCAUCAUUCCUGACACUGACCCCCGAGGGACCCGAGCACCGUGCAUGUUCUUUGCACGCUCCAGCCCCGUGUGUGGCAGUGGCAUGACCUCCUUAGUGAUGAAUUCAGUCUACACGAGAGAACAGAUUAACCAACUCACAGCCUAUAUAGAUGCCUCUAAUGUCUAUGGGAGCUCGGAGCGGGAAUCCCAAAUUCUCCGAGACUACUCAGAACCUCGGGGACUCCUGAGGACAGGCUUGCUGUGGGUGCGGUCGGGAAAGCCCUUACUGCCCUUUGCUGCGGGCCCACCCACUGAGUGCACAGGGUGGGAGCAGGGUAGCCGCAGCCCCUGUUUCCUGGCCGGGGACCACAGGGCCAACGAGCAGCUGGCCCUCACAGCCAUGCACACAUUGUGGUUUCGGGAACACAACAGGGUCGCCACGGAGCUGUCUGCCCUGAACCCCCACUGGGACGGAGACACCCUUUAUCAUGAAGCCAGGAAGAUUGUGGGUGCUCAGCUGCAGCACAUCACCUACAGCCACUGGCUGCCCAAGAUUCUGGGGGAACCUGGCAUGAAGAUGCUGCGGGAUUACCAGGGCUACAACCCCAAUGUGAAUGCAGGGAUCAUUAACUCUUUUGCUACUGCAGCCUUCAGAUUUGGUCACACGUUAAUCAAUCCUAUUCUUUAUCGACUGAAUGACACCUUCGGAGAAAUCCCUGAAGGCCACCUUCCACUCCAUAAAGCUUUCUUUUCACCCUCCAGAAUAAUCGAGGAAGGUGGGAUAGAUCCACUCCUUCGGGGGCUAUUUGGCGUGGCUGCUAAAUUGCGGGUACCCUCCCAACUGCUCAGUUUAGAACUGACUGAGAAGCUGUUCUCCACCGCCCACUCUGUGGCCCUGGAUUUGGCUGCCACCAACAUUCAAAGGGGGCGAGACCACGGGAUCCCUCCCUAUGCUGACUUCAGAGUUUUCUGCAAUUUGACUUCUGUUGAAAAUUUUGAGGAUCUUCAAAACGAGAUUAAAGAUUCAGAGAUUCGACAAAAACUGAAAAAGUUGUACGGCUCGCCAGGCGACAUUGACUUCUGGCCUGCCCUCAUGGUUGAAGACCUGAUCCCUGGUACGAGAGUGGGACCAACACUUAUGUGCCUGUUUGUUACCCAGUUUCAGCGGCUAAGAGAUGGAGAUAGGUUCUGGUAUGAGAACCCCGGGGUGUUCACUCCCGCACAGCUCACUCAGCUAAAGCAGGCGUCACUGGGCCGCGUGCUCUGUGACAAUGGUGACAACAUCCAGCAAGUCCAGGCCGAUGUCUUCGUGAAGGCACAAUACCCGCAGGAUUACCUGAGCUGCAGUGAGAUACCUCAAGUCGAUCUGCGAGUGUGGCAAGACUGCUGUGAAGACUGUAGGAGUAGAGGACAGUUAAGAGCAUUCACACAAGAAUCUCAAAAGAAACGCUCUGUUCAAUACAGCUAUCCUGAUGAGAAAGAUAAGGACUUAAGUGAUCUAAUCAGUAGGCAACAAGGUCACUUGUACAUUGAUGAAGAUGGUAGAAACGUGACACUUCUGGCAAAAGCAAAGUUUGCCCAAGAUUUCAGCAAUUUUGCAGUGGAAAUUCAAAAAACCAUCAAAGCUCUCAGAGAACAGAUAAACAAGCUGGAGGCACGCCUCAGGCAGGCGGGAUGCACAGAUGAUAAAGGGAUUCGAAGAAAAGACAAUGAACACUGGAUGAAAGAAGACUGCAUUAGCUGUAUGUGUAAGAGUGGCCAGGUCACCUGUAUGGUAGAGACUUGUCCUCCGGCUCCAUGUCUCAGUCUUGAAUUGGUGAAAGGAACCUGCUGUCCAGUUUGCAGAGACACAGGAAUGCCAGCUGAUUCCUCAGAGAACCGCUAAGCAAUUUACUGCUCUUGAACCCUGAAUGGGGAAUUUCUCAGGAAAAGGCAGUCAGGCACUUUUGUUUAACCUGUGGUCACACUCCUGGCACAGAAAUCACUGAUCUAAAACAAAUUAGUUCAUUUAACCCUUCAACAUACUGAUGAUCUUGCAUCUUUUCAUUUUCUAACAUACCUUGAAGUAAUGCAAAAUUAAUGUCUAUAAAGAAGAUAGGGAUUACUUUAUUGUGAGAAAUAUUUCUUAUUGUAAGCUACCAGUUUUACAUGCUGUACAGGGAAAUAAAAAGAAUUUCAUGCAAUAUUUUUAAAAAAUCUGAGUAUUGUGGAAAAUCUCUCAUUUCAAAAUUCAGAGAGAUUAUAUGAUCUCCAGGAAUUUUGAGAGAAUGGGUUUUGCACUCAGAGAAAACAUCUGGAAAGAUCUGUGAUAACUUUGGCACAUGUAAUACAUAUUGCUUUCCUCACUCCGUCUCUCACAUCUAGAACCUAGAUAAUGGCCAGAUGUUUCUGGAAAGGCACUUACCUUAACCAUCAGUAGGCUCUAACUUCUAGAACAUUAGGGAAAAGUGAGUGAAAGUAUUUGGAGGAGCUUGCCAUUUUUACAUUUGGCUAGAAAAUACAAACACUAUGAAGGGAAGAUCCUUCAAAGGAGCCUUGCUCAAUCUCUGCCUUUCCAUCACUUGUCAUUAUUAUCACCAGUGAGAUGUCGAAAUUGAAAUUUAUCAAGUCUGAACAAUUCAGGAACAAGCUGAGUUUACUAUCAGAAAAAUUGGAAAUGUUUUUGACUUUAACAAAAGUUGUUGCUUGAGGUUUCUUCUAAUUUUGGCACUCUGUUAUAGCAUUUAAAAUACAAUCCAAUAGACAAUAGGUUAGCUAUAUUCAGAAUGGAAUAUUUAGUAAAUUAGGUGAGUUUCACUUAAUAAAUUCUUUUAAACUAUGAUGCAGCCACAGUAUUUGGGGUUGGUUGCAGUUGUUGUAGAUUUGUUUAAGAAAUUCUUUGUUCUAGGACUUUUGAGGGGAGACUUCAUGUAGUGUCCUGCCCAGAGGGACUCUCAGGGUGAUAACUCUACUGUUUUCCAAUUACAAAAUAAACAUUUAACACCAGGCACAAAAUCUCCCAAUAUUUAGAAGUAUUAUGUAAAAUACAGUAUUCAUUGUAGUGAAAAUAUUUUCAUGGUUUUAAUAUUAUGAGUGAGGAAAGGUGUUUUCGGAGUUUGAUAAUACAGGUCAUUAUUUUAAAAACGUAUUGGUGAUUCCCUCCUAUGAUACAAAAUAAUUUUUUACUAAAAAGUUUAAGGACAAAACUAUAUGUCCUAAAAGUUUGAUGUUUGAUGCAUUUUUAAGUCCAAAAUAAUUUUUAAUUAUAUUUCAUUUUGAAAGACAAAAUGUAACAAGUUGCAAAAGCUUGACAUUUGGUGGCCUUUCAAAAUGCAACAAAGUGAAAUGAAGCUAAACGUUAUGGAAGUAUAAUUAGUUCCUCUGAAACUACAGUAAACAUAUUGCAAAUGACAAUAAUACAUGUAAUAGUUUAGGUUUCUCAUCAUGUUCAUUUGUCAUUUUAUCAUUUUAUUAAAGUUUAAGCAAGACCUGUAUGAUAUCUCAUAUGACUUUUUGUCCAUAACCACAUGUUAAUUUGGAUGCCACCUGGUCAGUAUGUUUGGCUUGUUGAACAUAAGCAAAUAUCAAAAUAACAGAAUAAAAUUAUCAUUUAAAAUGGAACAUGGGGAUUUAAAAACUUGUCUAUCAACUGACAAUUUGAAAAUCCAGUAACCUUUACAAAUAUGGUUAUAAUAUCAUCAUACAGAUUACCUUUUGCUUUAUUCAUUUUAUUUGUAUUUCAUUUAUUUGACUGUAUUUUUAAAAAUGUUUCAUUUUGAAAGUAUUAUUGUGCAUAAUAAAAAUUUCAAGUAUUUCCCAAGGAUAUAUAAACCUUUGUAUUCCAUUUCUGCCGUCCAAAGGUGAAUGUUAUUUUCAGUUUUCUAUGUGUGUGUCUGUGUGUGUGUGUGUAUUCCUCUAUACAGUUUCUAUGCAACACAAAUAUGAUGAUGUUUCUUCCUCAAUGAUUUUGUCUAUUCCAAAGAACCUUAAAACAUUGAAAAUCCAAAUGUAUUUGUUAACAAUAUUUGAUAUAUU